AUGGAUGUUGUUGAAGUGCCGCCGCCAGCAGAACUCGUAGCAGCUCAGCCGUCGUCGUCUAAGCAGCAGCGGAAUAAACGCAAUCGGAAUACAUUCACCUCCGCCUUGGUUCCGGCGGCGCCGGUGUCUAACCACCGAAGGAUGUGGGUGGUGGACCGAUUAAAAGAUUGGUGGGAGAAAUGCAGUCACCCGGAUUACCCAGACGAAGAAUUCAAAAAAUCGUUUCGUAUGAGCAAGGCUACAUUCGAAAUGCUGUGCGAAGAGUUCCGCAAUUUGUUCAUAAUUUGGAUGUCGAUCUCUCUUAUUCUUAACGUAGGGAGUUUGGGUUUAGAUAAAUUUCUAGGCUUGAAGGAAUCAUCUAGAACUAGUUCAACUGCAAGCAGGAAGCUUCCAAAGGAUCUCUUAUUUUAUUUGAUUCUUAUAUGUUCACCAUUCUCCUUUGUCAUAAAAAAACGAUCUGCAAUUCUCCUUCCUUCUAUUGUCAUUUCCGCCAGUUUAAAUGAAGCAUACCUUGAUAUAACUGAGGUCUGCAGAGAAAGAGAUGUGAGAAGUGAUGAUGUUGCUGGUGAGAUCAGAAGAGGUGUUUUUGAAGAAACUGGUUUGACAUGUAGUGCUGGUGUGGCUCCUAAUCGAUUACUGGCUAAGGUUUGCUCAGAUAUAAACAAGCCAAAUGGACAAUUUAUUUUGCCAAAUGAUCGAUUGGCUGUGAUGACAUUCAACUCCUCCCUCCCGAUAAGAAAGAUUGGAGGCAUUGGCAAGGUUACCGAGCAUAUCCUAAGGAAUACUUUUGAAAGAAAUACACGCAAGGAUUUGCUUGAGAAAGGCAGUUUUCUCUGUGCCUUGUUUUCUCCUUCAUCUGCAGCUGUGUGGUAGCCAAGCUUUUUCAGAGGUGUCUUCUGUAUUCUUCUUGUGCCAUUGUAUAAUACAAGAGUGUGCUUCUUGAGCUUACUAGUGUUCAGGCUCGAAGGA